AUGGCGAUAGCCAUCACUCUCAGUAUGUUCAACUACUGCUUGUAUGUUGCCAUGGGAGGCUUGGUCCUUGGACGCUCGUAUGAUGAUGAUGCCCAGAUGCACAUUCACAAAUGCAGUCUACCCACAGCCGUCACUCUCUCCCAACCCUCUCAUCCGCCAACGAGCCCAGCAGCCCUUGGUCGCGUGUGUCGCCGCUUCCUCAAGUCCCUCUCCCCUGCGCCACACGCCUCCCCCGAGCCCCCCGACCAUCAAUCCACCACCACGACCACCACCAUGGCGAGCAAAAGCUACCUCGCAUUUCUCGACAACCACGCCGCUACCGACAUGCUCGCGCGAUCAAAGGUCCCGGGCCUCUCUGCCCUGCCCAGCUUUAUCCCCCACCGCGUCCGCAGAAAAUGGAGAGCCACAAAGUCGCGCAUACGCAGUCGCCAGACGCCAACCUCGUCCAUCGCCUCGCUCUCCAUGUCCUUUUCCCCCUCGGACACGCUGCGCAGCCUGCGCACCCACCCGUGGUCCAUAUAUGACGCACAGUACUUGUUUCUGGCCAUUGUCGCCAUCUUCUCCCUCUCUGUCAGCGAGGCCCCGGGGCCCUUUGCCAAGACGUUUAUUGCGACGCUGCUCAUGACGGGCUUGUGUUUACCCAUAACGAGACAAUUCCUCCUCCCAUUGCUCCCCACGCUUACCUGGCUACUUCUAUUCUCAGGGGCCAAGUAUAUUUCCCCCGACUACCGACCGGCAAUCUGGGUCCGCGUUCUGCCCGCCCUGGAAAACAUCCUCUACGGCGCCAAUCUAAGCAAUAUCUUGUCUGCACACAAGCACACUGUUCUGGAUCUCCUCGCGUGGAUCCCAUACGGAGUCGUACACUAUGUGUCUCCAGUAGUGGUCUGCGGAUGCAUGUUCAUCUGGGGCCCGCCUGGCACCCUCCCUGUCUUUGCACGCGCAUUCGGAUACAUGAACAUCAUUGCCGUGCUCAUCCAGAUCCUUUUCCCAUGCUCUCCACCUUGGUACGAGAAUACAUACGGACUAGCAGCAGCAAACUACUCGAUUCAGGGAGAUGCUGCGGGAUUGAAGGCGAUUGAUAAGCUAUUCGGUUUCGACAUGUACACCUCAACCUUCCUAGCAUCGCCUAUGGUUUUCGGUGCUUUCCCAUCGUUGCACUCUGGAUGGGCAACCAUGGAGACGCUCUUCAUGGGCCAUGUCUUUCCCAAGCUUUUCCCGGUGUACGUUUUCUACACCAUGUGGCUGUGGUGGUCGACCAUGUAUUUCUCCCACCAUUACGCUGUAGAUCUGGUUGCGGGAAGUCUACUUGCCGGGAUUUGCUUCUUCUUCGGCCGCGCCAAUUUCCUACCCCGCCCCCAGUCUGAUAAGGAGUUCCGCUGGGACUACGACUACGUUGAGAUUGGCGACCCUCUAGACGGUGCCGGCUAUAGCAUGCUCGAUAUCUACGAGGAGUUCCAGCCUCACUCCGAUUCCGACGACUGGGCCAGCGGAUCCUCCUCGUCCUACUCAACUGGUGGCAGAAGCCCCUUGGGCGCACGUUCUCCUACCGACGACGCUCAGAGCCUCUGGGACGGCGACACAGUUGCUUCCGAUACCGAGCUCUCCUCGCGAAAGGACUGA